AUGACUUACUCUGCAGUCAGGGCGGAAACAUCUCCCGCGGAGAGCGAUCUAGAUAGAGAACAUGCGAUACCUUCAAUCGAACGCACGUUCUCGUGUACUUCCUCUUCUACAGGAAGGCUGACUCCAACAUCUUCGCACGACGAAUCUGUCAGCCCCAAUUUCGCCAUGGAGCGGUCCACUACCCCCAUGGCACGUUCACCCUCUGAGACUGUGACCCUUCAUCGUAGUCCUAGCCCUGAUGGCAGCCGCAGUCGAAUGGGCAGUUCUAAGACUAUGGAUCAGUCCAGUCUCACUCCCCAUCAUGCAACCACAACGUACCGUGAUUUGUACGACGCUACCCCGAGUCCCAGCGCACGCAAGUCCGAGUCAAAUCGAAGAGCGCCGGUCACAACUCCCUCACCUCCGUCAGCAGGAAGGAUCAUCGGAUCUUCAAUCAAAGCUCUGUCUUUGGGAGAAGAUACAAAUCGACCAGCAGAGGAGCUGCACACCGAUGGCGAUCAUGGAUCAGAAGAAGGCGAACACGAUACUCCUGAUGACAACGACGAGAACUACUCGUAUAGCAUACGCCAAGAAGAACUCCCUCCGGCCCCAAUAUACGACCGCCGGCUCCAAAAUGCGUUGAAAGAAGUUAGAACGGGGCUCACCCAGAUUGCAUCGUUGAUGCAAACAUCCGAGCUGUAUCGGGACGAUUCUUCGGCCUUCUACAAUCUAUAUCAGCAGACCCUGGAAGCAAGUCAAUUUACUUAUCCCGAAACAAGGCUGGUUGGUUUCAUCGGAGAUUCCGGGGUUGGAAAGAGCACCCUUAUAAACUCUCUCCUAGACCGGGAAGGCCUGGCCCGCUCAAGCGGAGAUGGAGCGGCCUGUACGACUGUCGUUACGGAAUUUCGACAUGUUGACGCACAGCAUCCUCGUCAGUAUACCAUUGAGGCCGAUUUCAUGGAUCUCGAUGAGAUACAAGAGCUUCUCGAAGAACUUUUGCGAAGUUUCCGGGGCUAUUAUACUCGUGAAUUUGUCGAAGUCGAGAGCGCCCAGGAACAGGAGAAAAUCAAGGCAGCUGCCAUCAGGGCGCGUGACACACUGACUUCCCUCUUUCCCAAUCAUGCUGAGGUUAACCAUGAAUAUCUCGCUGCCGAGGGGAUAGAAGCCGAACAAGCCAUUUUGCAGCACUUGAAGGAGCUGGUAAUGGGCGUGCGGGAUCAUUGGCCUGGCGGACCCGAUGCCGAGCAGUAUCGCGUUGUUGCAGAAGACGACGAUGAGUGCAAGAAUCAUCUUGACGAGCUUACUACAGAUCCUGGCUUUCGCGAUUUGAACUAUGCUCGUGUGAGAGCCACCGAGAGAUAUCUUCGUCACCACUGCGACGAGGUGUUCAUCGUCAGCACCAUUAUUCGCUGCACUACAGACCCGUCUAUCGAUGAUAUCAUCAACAGAUGUGCACAGAACCAGCCCAUUCGGAUAGUUUGUACAAGAUCAGAGGAAGUAAAUCCGAGUGAGACAGCGAGAGCAAAAGACACCCCGAGGAGAGAUUGCGAGCGAAUUCGGGACUACACAGACAGAAUCCAGGGUCUUGAAAAACUGAAACGGUUCCUGAUAUCGAGGCGAAACGAUCAAGUGACGCAGACCUUGUCGCGAAAGCGAAAUGAUAGAGCUCGAGUGUUUUGUGUCAGCAAUACGCUCUACUCAGACCACCGUGAAGACGACCGGGACCAGGCCGAUGAGUACAUCCGUCUUAGCGGAAUUCCGGAGCUUCGUCGAUACUGUCAAUCGGUUCCCGCAGAGGCUCAGCUACGUUCAACAGAGUCGUUCAUUAAGAACCAAGCACCUGCGAUCCUCGGAUCUCUGACCCAAUGGACUCUGGCUCGAACCGACUCAGUCACUGUUGAUAGGGCUGAGACCCUUCGCCAGGUUCUAUCUGAAGCAGAGAAGAUUAUCCAGACCCGACUUCACUCUCAUCAAUCGGGGAUCCUUUUGAUAGAAAAGACGAUAGAGUCUCAAUUCAAGAACCAGAUUGUGAGAGAACUUCGUGAUAUACGGAGCGAUUGGAAAGAUGGUGCAAUCGAAGCCAGCAGGCAAUGGGAGACUUGGCAUCAUGCGUCCUACGCUGCCUGGUGCCGAAAUCACGGAACACACACCACCAAAACAGUUGGCUAUAGAUGUUGGAAUGAAGAGAUCCUCCAACCAAUGUUCGAGAUAAUGGACCCAUGUUGGGAUGAGUUCAUGGAAUGGCUUGAAGAACAAGGUGAAACCCUUGAAGAACAGGUUUCUGACGUCUUCCAAACCGUCUGCGACUUAAUAUCGGCCAUAUCUCCCCGGAUGCCUUGGGGAACCUUCAAGCCAGCAUCGAGGCGCGGCAAAGAUGCAUAA